CAUGGCCGUGAAGCUGAUCGAAACCGCUACUAUUGCAAACAAAAGAUAUGCUCCUGUAGGUAAAUGCUUGGAAAAUUAUUGUCAAGGUCCAAUUCUUAUGUCAGUUGAUAAUGAUGAUGAAGUUUUAAUGAUGCAUAAGUCAUCAUUCUUUUCAAGAAUAACUCUUCAAGAAGUUUGUUCUAGGAUGGGCUUUGAUAAAUUAAGGGUUGAAGCUUUCAAUUGUGACGAGUAUUACAGUGAUUUUCAGCAUAAAAAAGCAUUUUAUUGUAAAAUCUUAUGGGGUAGAAUAGAUUGCAAUGAUUAUAUAGUAAAUCUAAAGUAUCGUCUAAAAAAUGGAAAUUUAAUAUUGGAAAAGCAAAAUUUUUCAUCCAAUCACGAGCAUUUUACCGGCUCGUUUCAAAUAUUAUAUGCAAAAGAAUGGUACUUGGUUUCCAGUCUCUUUCAAACCGAACAUCAAAUUAUUCUAAUAUGCAAACAUUUCGGCUUUAAAUAUGGAGUUGUCGAAGAUUUUUUCCCUGAUGAUGGCUACGCUUUACUAGCUUUAGAAUGUUCUAAUAAGAAUGUAGAUAUCUCGCAGUGUUCAAUUCGUUUCUUUAAGGAGUCGAACUUAAAUUCGUUAGUUGUAAAAGGAUUAAAAAUAACUUGCUUUCGAGAAAUAUCAGGAGGAGGGUGUAAGGGAUUGUUCGGAAAAGAAAGAAUCUACUAUGCUUACAGGACGAGUUGUUAUUAUGUUUUAAAAUUGAAACAAUCCAUUACCCAUAUUCAAGCAAAUGACAAAUGUAAAGCAAUAAAUACAACAUUGCUUGGUAUUAGCACACAAGACGAAGCAAGAUUUAUAGAUUAUAUGUUAAAAUCAAGUAGAAUCAAAUAUAAUCAGACUAAUUUAGGAAAUAUUAGAGAAAAUUUUGAAAUUCCUUUAGGACUGGUAAAUAAAAAGAGCUACCGUCAAAAGGAUUAUGAAUUAAAUACUGAUAUGAUUCCAUUGAAUGUCAUAGGUAUGUGGAUGGCUUACGAGAGCAUAGAUGAAGGUAUAUUCAUUACAAGUGUCAUUUUCACCACAGAUUUUCCUUCUUGCACUGGAGAUACCAGUUUUAGAUGCAAUAAUGGAAAAUGCCUACCUAAGUCAAGUCAAUGCGAUAAUACAGCCGAUUGCCUGGACGGAGCCGACGAACACAACUGUAGAAAGCCUUUUACGGAUCGCAUAUCAGCUCGUGUUGACAGUAAAUCCUACUGUAAAUAUGGGAAGCAAAUACGAUUACAUGAAUUUUGUGAUAAAAAAUACGAUUGCGCAGAUAAAACUGAUGAAACGAAAGAUGAAUGUUCAAGUUGA